AUGGCCCCCGUCGCCAUCGCUUCCCCGCCCUCGCCGACAUCAGGCAUCGCGGCCUCCAAGGCCGCCCUGCUGUCCGGCACCCAGACGCCCUACUCCGAGACGUCGACCGUUGUCUCCGAGGCGUCGGGCUCGCCCAAGCUCGGCGCGACCGACUCGCUCCCCCUGAUCCCAGGACAGCCCGGCUACAUUGCCUCGCUCGUGUCUGCACAGCAGGUCCUCCCCUCUACCUCGGCCGGCGCGACCGUCUUCUCGAGCGCCACCGAGGUGCUUGAGGCGCUCGCCGUCCAGAACUCGUCGGCCGUCUGGGUGUACGACGACGCCGUCGAGGUCGGCUUCGGCGCCCAGCUCACCGCCUGGGACAAGGCCGAGCUCCCCGGCACCGAGGGCAAGGUCUACCCCGUGCAGACGCGCGAGGGUGCCGGCCUCGAGCUCGCCGGCUACGCCAAGAAGGCCGCCAAGGGCAAGAUCUCGGUCUUCGCCUCGACUGCCACUCUCCCCUUCAUCGCGCCCCAGCUUGCCGCGAUCGAGGGUGACGUCGUGAUCCACGUCGCGGCGACCAAGGCCGACAACGAGCUCAACCUCGUUGACAGCCUCGCCACCGCUGGUGCUCUCCGCGCCCUCACUGGCCUCCCCGAGGACUGGACCGUCGUCUUCUCGGCCGGCGCCUCGGUUGUCCCCACCGGCGCUCACCUCUACGCCCAGGAGGGCAAGGUCGUGCACGUCGUCGAGUCGACUUUCACCGCCCGCGAGGUCACCUCGUACGUCUUCCCCUCGGCGGGAGCGUUCGAGGACUUCACCGUCUCGGGUGCCGGCAAGAACCUCUACCUCACCGUCACUUCCCACGCCGCCCUGACCCUCGACGCGCCCAAGGUUGUCCUCAACACGCUCUCGCCCUCGGCUGAGAAGCUCUUCAAGGCCCUCAGCGGUGCGACCGUCACCGUCGUCGGCCCCACCCGCGCCGACGCCGAGGCCCUCAAGGCUGACGUCCUCGCCCUCCUCUACUCGGCUCCCCACUCGAGCACCGCUGCCUUCCCCGCCAUCAAGGCUGCCGUCACCCCCUCGGCUGCCGCCAAGGAGACCCCCGCCAAGGUCAUCUCGUUCUUCACUGCUGGCGACGCUCCCCUCCCCCAGCUCGUCAACAACCUCUUCCUCUCGUCGCCCACCCUCGUGUCGGCUCUCACCCAGUACGGCACCACGUCGUUCAAGGGCACCAAGUCGGUCCUCUCGCUCUCGACUGGCGCCAGCCCCAUCCUCACCCCCGAGCUCGCUUCCGACCUGAUCUGGGUUUCGGACGCUACCGUCUUCAAGCACACCGACUUCCUGGCCACCGCCAAGGAGGGCGCCUCGCUUGUCCUCGAGCUCCCCUGGGUCGAGGAGGACCUUGCCAGCAAGCUCACCGCUGCUGACAUUGCCACCAUCCAGGCCAAGAACAUCCGGGUCUUCCUCCUUGACCUCGACGCUUCCGAGGCUGCCAUCCUCCCCAUCAAGGAGCAGGUCGCCUUCCUCCUCCUCUACACCGGCUCCAAGGCCCUCCCCAAGGGUGUCUGGAAGGUCCUCGACGCCUUCCACGGCGGCAACCUCGGCCGUGACCAGGUCGAGGAGGCCCAGGCCGGUCUCUUCGAGAUCCCCACCCAGACCGUCAAGGCCUGGGAGGUCGACCCCGAGACCGUCAACAAGACCAAGGAGGCCUGGGUCUGGGACGCUCUUGCCAACGAGCCUGUUGUUCUCGACGGCGAGGCUGGCCCCACCCUCUCGUCGUGGGAGGUCGCUGCCCGCCACAUUCUCUUCCGCGAGGCCUUCUCCGUCCUUGGCGGCAAGACUGUCGAGGACGAGACUGCCGGCCCCGGCAUUGCCUCGCUCCACCCCGAGCUCGCCGAGGAGACCUUCCUCGUCUCGGUCACCGAGAACCGCCGCCUCACCCCCGAGGCGUACGACCGCAACGUCUUCCACCUCGAGAUCGACACCGCCGGCACUGGCCUCAAGUACGAGGUCGGUGAGGCUAUCGGCAUCCACGGCUGGAACGACGCCGAGGAGGUCCUCGACUUCUGCAAGUGGUACGGUGUUGACCCCGAGGCCCUCAUCUCGCUCCCCAACCCCCAGAUCCCUGGCACUGUUGUUACCCGCACUGUUUUCCAGGUGCUCCAGCAGCAGGUCGACCUCUUCGGCAAGCCCGGCAAGGCCUUCUACGGCGAGCUCUCCAAGGUCGCUACCGAGCGCAAGCAGUCGAUGAAGCUCAAGUUCAUCUCCGUCCCCGAGGGUGCCGAGCUCUUCCAGCGCUACAGCGAGGGCGAGACUGUCAACUACGCCGACGUUCUCCGCGAGUUCCCCUCUGCCCACCCCUCCAUCGAGGAGCUCGUCGAGCUCAUCGAGGAGAUCAAGCCCCGUCACUACUCGAUCGCCUCGUCGCAGGCUGCUCUCGGUGACAAGGUCGAGCUCCUUAUUGUCACUGUUGACUGGGUCGACACCAAGGGCCGCACCCGCUACGGUCAGUGCACGCGCUACCUCAAGGACCUCAAGAAGGGCGACAAGGUUACCGUCUCGAUCAAGCCUUCGGUCAUGAAGCUUCCUCCUCUCGACUCGCAGCCUCUCAUUCUCGCCGGUCUCGGCACUGGAGCUGCUCCCUUCCGUGCCUUCAUGCAGCACCGCGCCUGGCAGCGCUCGAACGGCGUCGACGCCGCCUCGUCCAUGUACUUCUUCGGUUCGCGUCACCGCAGCCAGGAGUACCUCUACGGCGAGGACAUUGAGGCCUACCUCCAGGCUGGUAUCCUCUCGCACGCCGGUCUCGCGUUCUCGCGUGACCAGCCCCAGAAGAUCUAUAUCCAGAACAAGAUGGAGGAGCAGAAGAAGGAGCUCGCCAGGCUUCUUCUCGCCGAGGGCCCCGAGGCUGGUUACUUCUACCUCUGUGGCCCCACCUGGCCCGUUCCCGACGUCUACGAGGCUCUCGUCUCGUCGCUCACCGAGGCCGGCCUUACCCGCCAGCAGGCCGAGGACCACAUGGAGAAGCUCAAGGAGGAGGAGCGCUACGUUCUCGAGGUGUACUAA